UUCCGGCUUCAGUUAACUGUUAACACUUCACUAUUUAGUAGACAUUCUAUCGUCGAACGUUAUGGCCGCUUUGUAUUUGUACACAGUUCUUUUUUAGGCAUAAUUUCGUACGUCUUUCGUUAGUAAUUAUUAUUUUUCAACAACAGUACACCGUUUAUUUCAGUUUUCGGCCGAACUUGACAAAGCAAUUACUGGUAUGCACCCUAUAUGGGUGGCAUUGCCGUUAUGCUUGGCUCUGAGCGUGUGUACAAGGGCCGAAGUGUACACGGCUUUGGCAGAACUCGAAGAGCUGUUGGAAACCGAAUCGGUUCUCUUGCGGACCUUACACCAGUACAUUUCCGACCAAGAACAAAGGAUAGAGGCGUUAAAAAAGCACGCUCGAGACUACGAGAAAGAACACAAAAUCGCCGCCAAGGAUAUUACCAACUACUUGUCGAAUCCGAUCAACGAUUAUUUACUAGUGAAAAGACUGACUAGCGACUGGCACAAGACGGAAAAACUGAUGCAGGAUCCUUAUUAUGAAGCUGCCAUGAAAAAUCUUACUCAAUACCGUGAACUUCUGAAAUUUCCUACCGAUGAAGAUCUGUCGGGUGCGGCCACAGCCCUCAUGAGGUUGCAAGACACGUACAAACUGGACACGGCGUCAGUUGCCAGAGGAGAAUUGAACGGAAUCCAAUACAGCUCGCAACUUACGGCCGGUGACUGUUUUGAACUCGGUCGUCAGUCUUACAACGGUCGAGAUUUCUACCACACCGAAUUAUGGAUGAUAGAAGCACUCAAAAGACACGAACAGGAGCGAUCCAACAGCACAGAUCGAUGGGAAAUCUUGGAAUAUCUCGCCUAUUCAACGUUCAUGCAAGGCAACGUUAACAAGGCGUUGGAGCUGACCAAUGAGCUGUUGGAUUUGUUCCCGAACCACGAACGAGCCCUGGGCAACCGUGCUUACUAUGAGGCGACCAUUAAAAACGGGACAACGGAAUUGGAGGAAAGCAAACAGACUCACGCGCCGACCAUGUUGGACCCAAACGAGAGGGAAAGUUAUCAGAUGUUAUGCCGAAACGAAAACAUGAUGGCUGUCCAAGUGAGUUCAAAACUCUGUUGUCGGUACACCACCAACAACAACAAUCCGCUCUUAAUGAUCGCUCCGCUCAAAGAAGAAGAAGCGUAUCUAAGCCCUAAAAUACUGCUAUACCAUGGCAUUUUGUACGACAAAGAGAUUGAAGUUAUCAAACGUUUGGCCCAACCGAGACUGAAACGAGCCACCGUGCAAAACUACAAAACGGGAGAGUUGGAAUUUGCCGACUACAGAAUUAGUAAAUCGGCUUGGCUGAAAGAGCAAGAAGACGUUGUGGUGGCCAACGUUGCCAAGCGUGUUGAGGCAAUGACGGGUCUUACGACGGAGACAGCCGAAGAGCUUCAAGUGGUAAACUAUGGUGUGGGUGGUCAUUAUGAUCCGCAUUACGACUUUGCCAGAAGAGAAGAAAUAAACGCUUUUAAAUCUCUGGGAACUGGCAAUCGUAUUGCUACUGUAUUGUUUUAUAUGAGUGACGUCGCUCAAGGAGGGGCUACCGUUUUCCCUAAGCUAGGAGUCGCUCUGAAACCCGUAAAAGGAACAGCUGCUGUAUGGAUGAACUUAUAUCCAAGUGGAAACGGUGAUCUAAGAACUAGACACGCCGCUUGUCCUGUAUUGCAGGGAUCCAAAUGGGUGUGUAAUAAAUGGCUGCACGAAGCUGGACAAGAGUUUAGAAGACCUUGUGAUCCUAAAGAAAAUCUUGAAAUGACUAGCAAAAGUUGAUCAAAAAAUAAAUAACGACUUCUUAAUACUAUACGAUAUAAACAAUUACAUUGUUUUUUUUACUUUUCUGUUUUACUAUGAACAAUUUUUUUUAAAAAACUUAAAAAAUAUUUGUUUUCUCCUCUAUUAUUAUUAUUUUAUUUAUAAAUAAUAUUUUUGUAUUUCAUAAAAGUAUAAUAAUUUAGAAUCCAUAUCUAUUUUAAAAUUUGUAUAUAAUGUCACUUUUGAAAUAUGUAUAGAUAAUAUUUUUACUAUUGACAAUCAUUUAAAAUUUGUUUUAUUUAAAAAUACAUAAUAUAUAUAUUUCAACUAA